AUGGCGUCGACAAUCACGACGGGGACGGGUUCGCUCGUCUACCAGCCCGGGCGGAUGGCCAGAAUCCACAAGUACCACUGGCCUGCUGUCCAGCUGAAUGUCUGGAUGAUCAUCAUGCUAGUUGCAGCAUCCCUCCUUAUUGGUGUCUUUGCCAUCUUUAUUCAACAGCAACGUGUACUGAACCUGGCUGUUCCUUGGUACUUUCCCUAUUGGAUCACCGUCGGUUCGCUCACAAUUCUGUUCAUCCUUGGGCUGUUAUGGCUCAUAUCGCAGAGACGGCUUCUACCAUCCAUCGUCAUCAUUGGCGCGUUCAUGUUCUUCGUGCUGUGGAUGGUGGGUCUGAUCGUCACUAGUAUAGAGCUUUGGGGUCCGUCGGGCUCCGUCAACUCGAACUGCCAGAAUCUGGUUUUCAACCAGAACACCAACGCCUUUAAUCAACAAGAGAAAUUGGCUUGGAUGGAGCAGCAGAGCAUCUGUCAAUCGUGGCAGGCAGCUUGGUCUUUCGCCUUGAUUGGUUGCAUAUUCUUGCUGUGGAUGAUGAUCAUGGCUAUUCAGGUCUUCUACGAUGCUUAA